AUGUGGAGAAGGCUAAUUCCAGGAGUUGCACUUGUAGCGGUGGUCGUCUGUCAGUUCUUCGACUGCCACGAUGACCCAGCAUUCGAACCAGAAGAAGGUCCCCUGGGUGAAUUACAAUUCACCUGGCUCGGCGCUUUGCAAUAUAUUCACGUGAAGAACGGGACCCCUCACUACUUCCGUGUACCAAGAGUGGUCCUAAUUAGCCGACAAUUUGUUCUGUCCACGGCCGUCGACGCGGCGCUCAUACCGGAGGGCUACGCCUUGGGCAACAUAGUUUUUGGUGACUACGAGCGUGACGAGAUGGAAUGCAAGACGUCAUUGGAGGAACUGGCCCAGGGAAGAGAGUGUGAACCGGCUGUUUUGUUGAUGCCUAUUGCAGAUGUGCUGCUGCACCCCGAGUACAAGCAUUUCAACGUCAGAAACAGCAUAGCGCUGCUCAAACUCAUCACUCCGAUAAAAUCGCAGUACAUGGUGCCUGCCUGCCUUCCGUUCAAGAAUUUUGCAAUAACGAAAGCUGGAAAACAGACAACAGAAAGUUUGUUACACAUCGAUUUUUCUAGUGAUGUUCCAAGGGAUUUCAUAGAAGAAGAGAAAGAUAUACAAAAAGUAAAACUACUGCCUCGAGAGCUGUGUUAUUUGUACGAUGCACUUCCUACGUUGGGGAACGUGACGAAGUUACCAAAGGACCGCGUGGCGUGCACCACGGGCUGUGGGUACCAGUCUGGUUCACCCGUCUUCAUCCACGAGCAUACUGGACAUUGGUCCAUUGUUGCAAUUUCACAAGGCGGAUCACCAUGUCAAGAUCCCUUGCGUGUACGCCGGCCUCCUCCGCCGCCAAUUCACACACUCAUACACCCUUAUGUUCCCUGGAUAACUGCGGCCAUUACUGGGAAAGCGGUUGGCGCUUUUGCCAAGGAUGACCCUUUUGGUUAUGUAAUGCCCCGAACAUCGAUUUACGAUCUGAUCGCCCACACUUGGGUGGGACACUGGUGGAUGGGUGGGUUAAGAUGCUACGACAGAGGAGAAGCCGCUGACGAUAUAUUCAGGUUCUACCAUGAAAUCUUUCAAAUAAAACCAACGACUGUCACAUAUUUGGCGUACUAUCUUGAGAUAGAUGCUGCCCACGAUACUAUGAUAAUAUGCGUAAAAGUGGGAAUGCCCUAUCGGCUGGGCCAGCCAAAAGUAUGGCAAUUGGACUCGCCUGAAAUUAAGGUAAGGAUACCAGUACGGGGUUUCCAGCAUGUUUACAAAAUUCAAGUCGAGGCUUGGGCCUACAACGCAACGGAAUCUUUAUCAUCCUCUAUAGAUGACUCGAGUACAGAGGAGAAGUGA